AUGUUCAAUAUGAACAUGUCUUCCCUGGGCUCCCAGCAGUGGCAAUGGCUGUCGAGGCGAGGAACGGCCUCUAUGAGUUUGGAAGGUCAGCACAAGCUAUUGGCUGCAAAUCUGGAAGAAGCAGACCCUGCUGUUUAUGAAAUACUUCAAAGGGAGAAAAGACGGCAGAAACACUUCAUCAACCUCAUACCCUCCGAAAACUUCACUUCACAAGCAGUUCUCGAUGCCUUGGGCAGUAUCAUGCAAAGGGCCCGAUACUAUGGCGGUAAUGAGCACAUAGACGAGUCAGAGAGACUUUGCCAACAAAGAGCUUUGGAGACGUUUGGCCUAAGCGAGGAAGAAUGGGGAGUCAAUGUGCAACGUACGCUCUUGAGCGGACUUGACGUGCGUGCCUUGCUAACGUGCGAAUCAAUAGCCCUCUCUGGAUCACCCGCAAAUCUUUAUGCCUACUCUGCUCUUCUUAAUUCGCAUGAUCGAAUCAUGGGUCUUGAUCUCCCUCACGGCGGACAUCUGUCUCACGGAUACCAGACUCCCACCAAGAAGAUAUCCGCGAUCUCAAAGUAUUUCGAGACCCUACCUUAUAGACUUGACGAGUCGACGGGUCUUAUCGACUACCAGAAGCUCGAAGAGCUGGCGAUGCUGUACCGCCCAAGAAUCAUCAUCGCCGGUACUUCAGCGUAUAGCAGACUUAUCGAAUAUGCACAGAUGAGAGAGAUUGCAGAAAAGGUGGGGGCAUAUCUGCUUAGCGACAUGGCUCAUAUAUCAGGCCUUGUGGCCGGAGGUGUCAUUCCUUCUCCAUUCCCCCACUCAGACGUCGUCACUACUACUACCCACAAGUCGCUGAGAGGUCCGAGAGGGGCCAUGAUAUUCUUCCGCAAGGGCGUCCGUAGACAGGAUAAGAAAGGCCACCCAGAGAUGUACGACCUCGAAGGUCCAAUCAAUGCUUCGGUCUUUCCAGGUCACCAGGGCGGGCCUCAUAACCACACCAUCACAGCUCUUUCAGUUGCUCUACAUCAGGCGCAGAGCCGCGAGUUUAAGGACUAUCAGAAAACCGUGUUGUUGAACGCAAAGGCUCUGGCCGAGCGCUUGGGCAAUUCUAAGGAGAAGGGCGGUCUAGGAUAUAGUGUUGUCUCGGGAGGCACUGAUAAUCACUUGGUGCUCGUCGACCUCAAGAACAAAGGCGUAGAUGGAGCCCGUGUAGAACGUGUGCUUGAGCUCGUGGGCGUUGCCAGCAACAAGAACACUGUACCGGGCGACAAGUCAGCUAUGAAACCAGGCGGACUGCGAAUGGGCUCACCUGCUAUGACCACCCGAGGAUUGUUGCCGGACGAUUUUACAAGAGUUGCUGAAAUUGUUGAUCGUGCUGUAACAAUAACGCAGCAUCUGGACAAAAAGGCCAAGGACGAGUCUGAGGCGAAGGGACGGAAGAAUCCUGGAAGCGUGAAAGCCUUCGUGGAAUUCCUUGGUGAUGGCAAUGAAGUGCGGGAGGUUGUUGAGCUGAGGAGGGAAGUUGAAGAGUGGGUUGGCACUUUCUCACUGCCUUGGAUUAAAUGA